AAGGAAGCAGGGGGGUGGGGCCAGGGGCGUUAACACGCAUGCGCGCGCUUCAGGCACAGCAGCAACAGUUUACUGAGAACAGUUGAAGACAGACAGACAAACAGACAGACAGAAAGUUCAGAGGCUGCAGGAUGGAUGUGACAUCACACUGCAGUGGCUCUGACAUCACAGAGGGCGGAGCCCAUAAGAAACAAAUCCAAUCAGAAUGCGUCUCCAGCCAACCGACAGCCAAUGGGACGCUCCCUCAUCAUAACUCAGGGGAGGCUCCUCCCCCUCUCUCUGAUACGUCGGAGGAUGGUGACAGUGGUGACGACUCUUUAACGGACAGCUCCUCCACCAAUGACGUCUGUCGACUCCUCCCCACCCAGCCCACCUCCUCUGCACUCCGAAAACAGAAAGGUGUGGAUAGCUCAUCAGCAUCUCCUUCUCCUCCUAUCUGUACUCCUCCAUCUUCAUCCUUCACCACUCCUCCUCCUCCUCUUCGUCCAUCUCGGUCAUCCACCUGUAACAGACAGAGCUGCAGCCUUCCUCACCGUCACCAUCAGCACAGCACCUAUCAGAAGCGUCUGUCCUCCACUAAAAGUAGUGCCUCCUUAAAAACAGACGCCGCCCACAUUAAGGAGGUCGCAGGAGACGACUGUUGCGUUCACUGUAUCCUGUCUGUCUCUGUGUCCACAGACUGUUGCGUUCACUGUCUCCUGGCCUGUCUGUUCUGCGAGAUGCUGUCCAUGUGCUCGGCGGUGGGGGAGUGUCUGGUGUGCGGAGUGGGCGGAGCCGGGUGCUGCGACGCGGCAGUGGGCUGCUGCUGUGUGGAGGCGGCCUGUACGGAGGAGGCGUGUCAGGCAGUGUUGGAUUGUGGGAUACUGGAGGACUGCUGCGGCUCGUCCGACUGUUUGGAGAUCUGUUUGGAGUGCUGCUCCAUCUGCUUCCCCACGUAGAGCAGCCAAUCAGAGACGGACUACAAGAUGAUGUCAGAGGAAGAACGUUGGACCUGAUUGGUCUGAUUCUCCAUUUUUGAUCAAAAUCUCUUUUUGUUUUGUCUUUCAGUUUAAUUGAAUGAAAUGACUGAAUUAACAAAUAUGAACAAACAAAGAUGAGUGAAAAGAAAAUGAAGGAACAUCAUCUCUGAAUCUGUGUUUGUACUGUUACAGUAACUGAUCAUUAUUCAUUCUCAUCGCUUUUCAAAAUAAAUAAAUAAAUAACUGAGCAGACAGAAA